CAUGAGCGGAAGUCGCCCUUAGAGCUGUCCGCGGUGACUUAAUGAUAGGUGCCAUAUUCCGGACAGAGUUACCCGGUUCCAUUCUGUUCUACUUGAUGCACCCACAAGCGGGUGACUAGGUGACAAGUUUGUCUUCUUACAAGAAAAUAGAGAUCGCAUUCAGAGAACUAAGCCUGGCUCUUCACCUUCCCAUAGUAAAGAUGGCGGCGCCCAGAACUUAAGCUACAGGCAACAGCACUUCCGCGUUUCUCUAGCGCCCUGAUCCAAGAUGGCGGACGAGGCAACCCGGCGAGUCGUGUCUGAGAUCCCGGUGCUGAAGACUAACGCCGGACCCCGAGACCGGGAGUUGUGGGUGCAGCGACUGAAGGAGGAAUACCAGUCCCUUAUCCGGUACGUGGAGAACAACAAGAACGCCGACAAUGAUUGGUUCCGACUGGAGUCCAACAAGGAAGGGACUCGGUGGUUUGGGAAAUGCUGGUAUAUCCAUGACCUCCUCAAAUACGAGUUUGACAUCGAGUUUGACAUUCCUAUUACAUAUCCUACUACUGCUCCAGAAAUUGCAGUCCCUGAGCUGGAUGGAAAGACAGCUAAGAUGUACAGGGGUGGCAAAAUAUGCCUGACUGAUCACUUCAAGCCUUUGUGGGCCAGGAAUGUUCCCAAGUUUGGACUAGCUCAUCUCAUGGCUCUGGGGCUGGGCCCAUGGCUGGCAGUGGAAAUCCCGGAUCUGAUUCAGAAGGGUGUGAUCCAGCACAAAGAGAAAUGCAGCCAGUGAAGGAGCAAGCCACUGAGGCAGGACAGAGGGACUUUGACAGGCUCCAUUCCUGUUCUUCUGUGCCUCAGUGUCCUUACUCAUCUAGGCAUCUCUCCCGCCCCUCCACCCCUAGUGGUUACUUAAUAUCUGCAGCAAGCAUUGCUGGGAAAACCAACCAACAAAGAGUAUUGCUACUGAGUUUCUAAAUUGGGCUCACAGGGAGUGGGAAAGACCCUUGGAAGACCAAGAGGCGAUGUAUCUCCCAGGUGGAGCAGUGUGAAUUCCUGGAGGCACAGGGGUAAGAGUGACUACAUAGCCUUUUUGGAGACAAACCAUCAAUAAAAGCUGCUUCCUCUGC